AUGCCUGUCGCCUCGAGGAUCCUGCAGCCGCCUCCCAUUCACUGUCAAAGCUCGAACCUGAAGUUCGACGACGCGCUGACAAUCGCUCGCGCAGCAGCCCACAAGUCUCGCGGGUAUGACUCGGAAGGCACGCGACAGAAGAUCAAAGAACUGUCUGUCGAGGCGUUCGGCGGCAAGGAGCCGUAUGGCUGGCAAGUCGAUGUAUGUGAGGCGAUUCUCCUCGGGCUUGAUUGCAUUGUCAUCGCCGGCACGGGUGCGGGGAAGACGGUGCCUUUUGCGAUGCCGUUGUUACUGGACGAGACGAAAAAGAAAUUGGUGGUAGUCAUUUCACCUCUGAAUGAGCUCGAGCGUGACCAGGCUGAACGGUUCCGUACCAUGGGGCUCACGGCGACGGCUAUCAAUAAAGAGGAGUACUCGGACCGACUUCACAAGGUACGUUCAAGUGAGAUUCAUACUUACCGUAUGCUACUCACAGGUCCGGAGAUGGCUCUCGAGCACAAGCGGUUCUCCAAGCUGCUCCGGUCGCCAUCCUUCGCAAAGAAUAUUGCCGCAAUUGUAAUCGACGAAGCGCACUGCAUCUCGCAGUGGGGCGACAGCUUCCGGAAGAAGUACGCGGAGCUAGGCCGGCUUCGUGCUCUCGUUCCCAUGAGUGUGCCGUUCCUCGCAACUUCAGCCACUCUCCCUCCUGCUGCCCUCGCAGAUGUCCAGGCGAAGCUUUCAUUUCACCUCAACUCGACAUUCUUCGUGAAUCUUGGCAACGAUCGUACGAACAUCACGCCGCUUGUCGUCCAAAUGAAGGGUGGUGCCGGCGAUCUUGCAGCGCUGGACUUUGCUGUGCGGGAGGCGCUCGCUGGCGACCCGCUUGUGAAGACGCUCAUAUUCUUCAACACACGCGAGCUGGCCAUGCGGGCCUGCCACCAUCUCAAGACUCUGCUGCCGGAUGCAUACAAGGGCAAGAUCGACUUCCUGCAUGCUCUCCGUGGGGAUGACACCAAACGCGAGGUCAUGCAACGCUUUCGCAACGACGAGCUCUCAAUCCUAUGCGCAACUGAGGCGGCCGGCAUGGGUCUCGAUAUCAGCAACAUCCGUCGCGUCAUACAGUUUAUGGUGCCGACUUCACUCUCUCAGUGGUUCCAGCGGUAUGGGCGUGCGGGGCGCGACGGCUUACCUGCAGUCGCAAUACUGCUGGUUGAGCAGUCGGUCUUCAAGAAGGUCAAACCGCGUGGAAGUACGAAAGACUCGGUCGACAACAACGAUACAAAGGUCUUUCAGAAGCAAGUCGAAUGUGGCCUGCGGACCUGGCUGGAGGCCCCCGACUGUCGGCGCACGGUGGCUAAUGCAUACUUUAAUAAUCCGCGCAACGAACGAGUACUCACGGUUCCAUGCUGUGAUGUGUGCCUGUCCCGUCGAAGUGAGGACCCCGAGGCCAUGCUUUCAGAGGCUGAAGACAAUAUGCUCAAGCUACUGAAGUCGAUCCGUCUCCGAGAGACUGGUGAUCGCUUGGUUGAGUCGGCCGUCAAGAUCGAAGAGUCUGAGCCUGGUCUAGCUGGGGCAGCCACUGGCAAGCGUCCUGCGGCACGUCAGAAGGAGCGGUUCAAGUAUGUCUACAACGCUGCACUUGCUUGGCGACGACUGUGCUGGCGCCGCGACUACUCUAUCUGUGUCUGGGGACCAGAGGCUCUGCUGUCGGACAAGACUGCGUCCAAGAUUGUACGCGCCACUGCAAUACAGACGCUCGGCGACCUUACAACAUCAGUUCCGGAGUGGUGCUUUGCCAAAAAGCACGGCGAGGAGCUUCUGCAAACUAUCUUGUCAGCUGAUGAA